AUGGCGUCGGGAGAAUCGGAGGCCCCUGGGACUUCAAAAAAUGAUCGAUUUUCGAUAACAUGCCCUUACAAUUCGGAUCACAAGGUGUCAAUGGAGGAGUUCAACACGCACUUGUGGAAGUGUCGCACGGAAAAAUUGCAUUUUUACCCGCAUUCGUUGAAAUUGAAGAGAUGCUCCUACAACAUGCGUCACUUCCUUCCCGAAGAAGAGCUCCAAUUCCACGAGAUCUUCUGCAAACGUCAAUCCGCCGAUCUUCGACGCCAAUUGUCACUGGAGCCGCUGGAGCUGAACGUGGCGGAGCACCUGGCGGCACAGAAGCUUCGGAAAGAGUACGAGAAGGACGAGGAGUCGCUAGAUGGAUCAGAUGACUCGGAUGAAGACGAGGAGGAGAAGAAUCUGUCGGUGACGUCGGAAAUCGAGAAAUCGGAUGUGGAAGAGGUGGAGAUGAUGCUCGAGACGAUCAAUCGGCUUGCUUACUUGGAAAUGAAGAAUGAUAAUUUAAUUUUGUGAUUUUAUUUUUAAAAAAGUGGAACAAGUAAAAUGAGAGAAGCAUU